GAGUGUUUCGCAGUCGGAUCGCAUGAAGCGGACAUCAAGAGAAAUGAGAAUUUAUAUUAAUCCAGAAAGCAUAAUUUCAACCAACAUGCCGGAUAAGUCCAUCCUUUAAAAAGAUAUUGGACUAGUCUUUUUUGAAGUAGCUCGCUACUGUAGCCUUUGUUGUUCCCAAGAUGACUGUAAGGGAUAAUUCAAAUUCAUCGAAAAACAAUUCCGAAACUACGAGUAACGUAGAAAAAAUGGACUGUGACCAAGAUGACCUGAGUAUGCUCUUGGCAAUGGUAAUAAAUAUACCGACACCUCCUGGCCCACAAUGUUACUGGUUAGUUUGCCAUUUGUGCCAUUGUCUACAUUUUAGUAUGAUGCCGCGUGAUUAUAGCAGACCGGAUUUUCAGUGUAGCGUAUGUUAUAAGUGGUUUCACCUGGAAUGUAUUGCUUUCAACAUAGGGAAAGCUUUGCCAUUUCUUACUGCAUACCACUUCAUGUGCAAAAAGUGCAAUGCUAUCGGAGAGGAGGUUUUUUCUAGGAAGCAGGCUAAUUUUACCGUCAUGUGUCAAACAGCUUUGGCAAAUCUAAUGCUGAGGCAUGGCGGUCGUUUAUACUUUAUGGAAUCUAAGGAACUCAUACCUUUUCUUGAGGAGUGUUGGGAAGAACUCACAACACAGCCAAGGAAGUCCAAUAAUUCAUGGUAUCCGAACAUCCAUAAAACUUUGACUAGUAGUGAUGUUUUCAAAACUGUAGAAAUGCCAGACGAUCUCUACGUGUGCUUAUCAAAUACGGACCUCACAAAAAUUGGUCCGAGUUAUGAUCGAUUUCGUGCUCUUACAAGCCAGUUGCGGACAAAUAUUACUAAACUGGGUGUCCCGUCCGCAAACAUUCCCGCCAGUGUGUCUCAAAAUCAGUCUUCGGUGUCGGGUGCUGUUUCCGAUACUGCAGAUCAGUUCCUGCAUCAUUCGUCAGCUGGCAACCAGUUUCCUUUUAGUGGUGAAAUUGAUGGUGUGGAUCAACCUACUUGGCGUAAACGCAGAUCUCCGGGUAGUAGUUUAUUCAGUGGAAUGGGUAGUUUUUCUGUAUCAUCUUUUAUGCCUGGCACGUCUUCAGAAGGCAAAAUUUCGGGGAGUAUGUCUACUACUGAAGUUUCAACGUUCCCUGGUAUGAGAGCUUCUGCGUCAUCCAAUGAAGUAAACAAUGCUUCUCCAAGUGGCUUGGUGCGUUCAACUCGCCGAGCCACUUUAACGUCUGUUCUUGGUGGGACUACUGCACUGAGUGGAGCUGCAGUUUCUGAUGAAGGACGUGUAAAGUUGAAUGCUUUGGGGUUUCCAAUAGAUCAUGCGCUAAAUAGAGAAGGAUAUCGUUACAUUUUAGUUGAACCAGACAAACAUGCUCCUGGUCGAGAGCAGUGGGAUGAAUGUGAGUUCACAGCUGGAAAGCCCAUACCUGGCUUAUUCUACCGUGUGUUUAUAUGUUCGCAAGUGGUCUUGUCUCUGAGUGAUCGUGCGAAUCACUUGAAAGUACACGAAUCUCAGUUAUCAGUUACUGGCGAUAAAGGAUACUGUAUGUCUAGAGCGACUCACAGCGUUCACUCGGGUACCUGGUAUUUUGAAGCAAUCAUCACAGAACAACCAGAAGGUUCUGCAACUCGAAUUGGCUGGUCUCAAGUGUAUGGUAAUUUACAAGCACCUUGUGGUUUUGACAAAUUUAGCUAUUCCUGGCGCUCACGUCUUGGUACUGUAUUUCAUGAAUCUCACGGUAAACAUUAUACGAAUGGUGGAUAUAAAAAGGAUGAUGUCAUUGGCUGUUUAAUACAUUUGCCGUCAACAGUUGGCCCUUUCACACCGAUAGAAAAUCAAGCUUCAAAAUCUUCCACACCUCAAUUGAUGAAUACAUUUUCUCCCAUGAUGGAUGACGUUCAUUCUAGCAUAAGUGGUACGCUGAACUCAACAGAUUCAAGGAAAUGUAAUAAUAAUUCACCUGCACCUACUUUUCUUCCUGAAACUUACAAAGACCGUCCUUUGAUCAGGUUUCGGAGUUCCUUCUACUUUGAAGAAAAAGAUGAUCCAAGUAAAGCCGAAAAAUCACUGCGUCCACUACCAAAUAGUAAGAUUGUAUUUUAUCGUAAUGGUGAGUGUAUGGGAACAGCUUUCACGAAUAUCUACGCAGGUAGUUAUUAUCCAGCAAUAUCAAUAUUCAGGGCAGCCACAGUUUCUGUCAAUUUUGGUCCAUCCUUCAAACAUCCCCCAAAUGAUUUUCCAGAUUGGCAACCGAUGUCCGCUCGUGUUGUAAGCGCUUCUGUUGAACAGACUCUUUCCGAUUUGAUCUAUUUAGUAGAAAAAGAAGGAUUUAUUGAAAAGACACUCAAUUCAUGUGGUCCGAGAUUCCGUUAACUGUUUAAAGAAAUCAUUACUAUAAUAUAUGACUUUAUUAUAAACUAUAUAUAUUCCAUCUCUUGUGUUUCGAGAAACAACAUAUUUUUACCUUGAAUUCAUCAUCCAUCCAUGCUGUUGUUGACAACAAACUGAAUGAAGUACAUUCAUGUCAGGUUUUUGCAGUAUUCUCAUUUGCAAAUCUCAUGAGUUUAUGUACAAUUAACUUUUAGCUAUAUAUUAUUAUUAUUUGGUUUUUUGACGCACUUUUUUAUCUUUGUGAAAUGUUGUAGCACGUAACAGUAUUUAUUGUACAGAUGUAUAUGUAUAUGUGCACUUCUCUCUUUCUUUCUAUCCAACCUCACUGGAGGAAUAUGAAUACUGCAUAAAAAUAAAAUGAAGGGAUAUUUUAACCUUUCAAAACUUCAUUGUUGUGUGUGUGUGUGUCGAAAUUUGUUUGCUUUGUUUUUGUUUUUUGUGGAAACUGUCAUUUUAGUGGUGUACUGUUUCAAUAUUUCUUUUUGUGCACAAGUCGAUUGCUUGUCAUCUCUUCGGUUACACUAUCAACUAUAAUAUGGUGGAAUCCUUGCAGUACCUGGCUGGCUGUUUCACACAUCUAUGUAAUAUGUGAUUAGCUGUUCGUAUUUAUUUGAUGAUUGUGUUCACUAAUUUGAUUAGGAUUACAAAUUCCAAUGUCUCGUUCACUGACGAGAAUAUAUACACUGCAGUUUUCUACGUUUGUUAACAAAUCGAAAAUAUUUGAAAUAUUUUGAAAGUACAAUGUUGUUACCACUGUUCUCUGUCAGCUUCUUUCAACAAUGAAUAAAAAAUAAAGUGUUGGCCUAUUGAUUCGUUUAGUUGUUUUUUUUCAUUCCUUUUGCGUUUCGAGUGGAACAUAUGUCUUCAAGCUUAUAAAUCUCAGUGACGCUGGUAGACUGACUGGCUGACUGGGUUCAACAAAGAACUUUUCACCGAUGUGCAGCUGGUCGAGCUGCUACACUCCAUGUAACACACAAAGCAAGAGAAGAAAGUA